AUGAUGAAUCAAAAUGUAGUGUUGUGCAAUAUGUGCUAUCAAUCGACAACUCAGUUAUUUCAGGUGCCAGGCUAUCAACUUCCAACUUGUGCAAAGUGUUCUGAAAAUUUAACUAAAAAUCCGGCAGCUGCACCGACAACAGCCACUUCACAACCAGUUCAACCAAACCAACAGUAUUACGUUCAGCAACAAAAUCAACAACAGCAGCAAGUAACUUCAGCGCCUCUACCACAACAACAGCAACAAUCAUUGUAUUGUGCUCCUACAGCAAUGCCACCACCACCAUUGACAUCAGCAAUACCAAACAGUGUUCAACAUCAUCAGCAUCAAGGGGCUCCUACAGCACAUCACAAAAAGUUCACAUCUACGACGGCGACCAAUCUACUCUCAAAUACUUUCGAGUUGGAGCAGGCCCUCAUGAAUAUGGAUGGAGAAAUUCUACUUGGAGAGGAAGGAAAAUGUCCACUGUGCCAGAAGAUCUUUAAUCGAAAGACAUCGUUAUUAAAUCAUAUAAGAAAUCAUUCAGCGGAUAAGAAAUAUGUCUGUCCAUAUUGUCAAAAAGGAUUCUCACAGCAAGCAAAUUUAAGGAACCAUGAAAGAAUACAUACUAAUGAUCGACCAUAUACAUGUGCCGAUUGUGGGAAAGCAUUUACACAAAUUACAAAUCUUAAUAAUCAUCGUAGACUGCACACAGGUGAACGACCUUUUGUGUGCAUUGAACCUAAUUGUGGACGCUCAUUUGCUCAAGUUACAAAUUUAAAUAAUCACAUGAAGACACAUCAUAAAAUACAGCAAUUUGUCUGCACUCAAUGUCCACGUAAAUUUCAUACAGUAACGCAGUUGAAUCAUCAUCUGGCGACCCAUGGAAUUGUCGUGAAACCUCAAAUGGCAGCACGUGGUGAUUAUAUUUGCAAUAUGUGUCCUGCAUCAUUUUUUGAUGAGCCACAACUUAAGCGACAUAUCCAGAAACAUAUUGAGGGUCGUGUAAUACCAUGUACAAUAAUAGGAUGUGGAGAUAGUUUUUCCACUAAGAAUCAACUUAAUAAACAUUUACAAAAUCAACAUCCACACGAGUAUCAGAAAAAGAAAGAAUCUCGGCAUGUACCACUAUCACUUCUGCAGCUUCAAGGAAGUCCACAUUACAAUACAAUUAAAACAAAAAUAAAGAUUGAAGAGGAUAUAAGAAUACCUGCAGCAUCACACAUUUCACAAAUCCCCAUUCAGUUAGCAAGCCACAUUAACCUCCCACCAUCAUACCAACAAGGAUCGUUCAACAGUGACCUAAUGUCAAAUGAUGCGACAAAAAAAGUGUUAUCGGAACGACUUCAAAAUUUCAACCACUUCCUAAGUUCGUUUGCUCAUCAUUCAUCAUCUGUACACAGCAACAUAUCUAGAUUCGUUUGUCAAUAUUGCUAUAAUGUCUUCAAAACAACACAUACGCUAUCCAGGCACAUCCGAAAGUUUCAUAGUUAA